GCGCGCACCCAUGCAGUUACAUGACUCAUCUCAAAGUCUCCAGUAUCUUUAAUGUUAUAUGUGGAAUGAUUUCAGCUCAUCAUAAAGAUACAUUUUCCUCCGACGAUGAUGAUGAAGGUUCACGGUCAUCUCCGACGGAGUGUUCAGUCCGGACUCCAAGUCUCUCAUUCAGCGUCGAGGCUCUCAUGUCGAAGAACCGAACAAAAAGUGAAUCAACUUCCCAGGGGGCGAUUCGGAUGCCAUGCAAAAUAAAUCGGGAUGAUCGAUCAGUGAUAGCCAAAUAUUUAGAAGCGCCAGAUUCUGUGGAUUUUCCCAAAGAUUGUUUCUCCGUCAAUAAAGAGUCCCCAUCCUUAAUCGGUAAACCCAGGUCAUCAACACCACCACGACCACAGAGUCCUGCUACAUGCGCUCUCCGAAAACACAAGACCAACCGUAAACCUCGAACCCCUUUCACCACCACCCAGCUCCUGGCCCUCGAGCGGAAGUUCAGACAGAAGCAAUACCUGUCUAUCGCAGAGAGGGCCGAAUUUUCAAGCUCUCUCAGCCUGACUGAGACACAGGUGAAGAUCUGGUUCCAGAACCGGAGGGCGAAGGCCAAACGACUUGAGGAAGCAGAGCUGGAGAGGCUUAAAAUGACCACCAAACCUAUUUUACAUCCUGGCUUCACUCUUUCAUUUCCACUCUGUACCCAACCCCAGACAGCAGCACUAAUCUGCGGACAGUCUUUCCCCUUCCACAGACAUAUACUGCCCAUUCCACCUGUUGGAAUAUAUUCAACCACAAUGGGCUACAGUAUGUGUCCUCUCUCCAAAGACGGGUACUCAGUGGAGUUUGUCUAGAGGAUCUUAUCAGAACUAUUGCAUUAAUAUUAAUUAUUGUCAUGGAAACACCUGGUUAAUCUGCUGGAAAUAUUGACAUUGCUUAAAUGUUAAAUGGUGGUAAUUGAGGUGUGAUCAUCAUUUCAUAUAAUCUAAUAUUUUUUUUUUUUUUUGUAAAUGCAAUAUUUACAUUGGAAUAUGCCAAGGAUGCA